CGGAAACUGGAGAGCAGCGUCAGCUCUGGGUUCAUGGUGGGGUUGAUGUUUUGAUGGCUGCGUGUUGUGGUUAAUUCAUUAUUACAGUAUUAAUUAUGGAUGUUGCUCUGUAUCUGAUCGCUGCAGCGAUAUUAGUAGUCCUGAUUAUAUUUGCUGUGAAAGUCCGGGGACGCACAGAGGAAGCUGACCAUGAAGACCAUCAGAAUGUGGCUGUUCGAGUGGCAGCUCCCCCACGAGUGGCAGAGGAGCGGGGGGCCGGCAUGCCCCGCCGCCGCAGAGGCCUUGACAGGAUGAUGGCACAGAGACGUGCCCAGAGGGAAGCCCCAGAGCCCGAAAACAUUGGUGCAGAGGUAGGUGAGGAUGAGGAGGAUGAGCGGCCACAGGCUGAGGAGCGUUCUCAGGCUGCAGGGAAGGUGGGCGCUAAGAAGCAGAGAAAGCUGGAGGAGAAACAAGCCAGAAGGGCACAGAGAGAGGCUGAGCUGGAGGAGCGAGAGGAGAGGAAACGCAUGCAGGAGCUGAGGGAGCAGGAGAAGAGAAAAGAGGAGGAGAAGGAGAGACUGCUGGAGCAGAAACAGGAAGAGGAGUUGCGGCGUGCGAAAGAAGAGCAAGAGAGGAAAGAGGAGGAGGAGUACCAGAAACUCAAAGAGGCUUUUGUUAUCGAAGAGCAGGGAGAGGCUGACGAGCUCAGUGAACAGGAGUCUCGGAACUUGCUUCAGGAGUUUAUCCAGUAUGUUAAGGACUCCAAGGUGGUGUUACUAGAAGACUUGGCAUCGCAUUUUGGAAUGCGCACACAGGAUGCUAUUGCCAGACUACAGGACUUGAUAGCAGAUGGUUCACUUACAGGCGUGAUCGAUGACAGGGGAAAGUUUAUCUUUAUCACUGUGGAGGAGAUGAAUUCAGUGGCUCAGUUCAUCAAACAGAGGGGAAGAGUUUCCAUUUCAGAGCUCGUCCAGGCCAGCAACACCCUCAUUAACCUGAAGCCUGCGAUUCAGAACACAGCCUGAAUAUUAUCUUCUAUUCCAGGUUCUGACACAUGCCAAUGGACAUUCUUGAAUCACUAAACAGCCCAUCCGGAUGCAUAUCAUACAUGUUAUGACUUAUUUUUUUAAAAGUAAGUGUAAAUAAAUGGAGCCUGAACUA